UUUACCUGGCGAUUUAAAAUCCCGUGAAAUCAGAUUGGGCGUAGCAACUGAAGAGAGCGGUCGAGAUCUAAGACGGCUCAAGUUUUCCCCUGUUUAGUUAUAUAUUUUAUUAAUAUUUCAUGACCAGAGGUCCACCUAUUCUGGGCCCCAUUUAUUUAGGCCAGUUAUCCUUUUAUGCCAUCCAGCAGGAAGUCAUUGGGCCAUGUAGAAACGCGUGUGUUUGUACAUUUUUGUAAAUAAAACUAUAUUUUAACAAAACUGUAUUGUGUGAUUUUGGAAAGCCGCCAGCCACCCUGCGACAAAAUUGGUGUCAGAAGUGGGAUACCAAUCCCAGGAAUUCAGUCCCAGGAUAUCCAAGGAUAUCAACGUUAACACAGGACGACGUCAGGAUAGACAGUCUAGCUGGAAACAGAUUCCAAAUACAGGCGUUGUCUUCGGAUAUGGAACCUCGCAGAGGAAAUCUACAUAUCACCGACAGUGCCUGAUGUCCUAAAGCAAGACGACUUGAAUUCAUCCGACAGGAAACUUUCUUAACUGUUUAUUUCAAAUAAAACAUUUAUUGUCAAAUUGUAAGAAAAAGAAAACAACUACUGAAAACAUUUUAAAAUACAUACAAAAGACUUUGUUAUAAAAGUAGUUAAAAUAGUGAAUUACUUGCCUUGAAAUCUAGUGAAUAUUUCAUACAUGUUCUCUAAUUGUAUUCUGUAUGUACAUGAAGUUUGUAAUUGUUCUCACUUUUGCAAUUGUUAUUGUAGGCAAUGUUCCAUGGUCAUUUGGGGUCCAGAAGGUUUCUAGAAGUAGUGAGGGGUGGACUUCCUCAGAGUACGUGGAGACUGGUCAGGGUAAAAGUAGUGUGGUAAAUAAGUCAAAAGUAUUAACAGUUGUGUCGCCCAAUCUCAAACUUUCAAAUUCAGUAGGAAGUAAAAUUCCGAGUAUAGUAGUGACAUUAGUAGUACUUAUACAUGUAGUACCACAGUAUAUAGAAAGUAGAAAUCAAAGUACAGUAGAGUCGUUAGUAGUACAUGUAGAAGUGCAGUAUAUAAGUGGUCACACAAAGGUGUUAGAAAGGUCUAGGUGUUAUGUUAAAAAGGUCAUGUCCGUAAAAAUGGACUCGGUACAAGAUUUAAUCGCUGCAGGCGAGAAGUUAGGUUAUGAAAAAGAAGAGUUAAGAAAUUAUGUUACAGAACAACAGAAAUUACAGCGUGAAGAGAGAGCAGCGGCUCGACAGAGAGAAAAAGAAGAACGAGAAUAUCAGCUAGAGAUGGAACGCAUGUAUCAUGAGAUGAAGAUGAAGCAGCUACAAGAGGAACACGAAUUAGAACUAGCAAACAAAAGUGCACAAGGUAAGGUUAGUGAUGUUAUGGUAAAACCUAGUGUACCGAAAAUUCCUCCUUUUGACGAAAACAAAGACGAAAUUGACAGCUAUUUGAGAAGGUUUGAGAGGUUUGCGACAGCCAUGAAUUGGGAAAAGCCUUUAUGGUCGACACACCUCAGUGCUUUAUUGAAAGGACGAGCUCUAGAUGUAUAUGCUCUUAUGUCCACGUCAAAAGUAAGUGACUACGAUGAACUUAAAGCAGCUUUACUACGUAGGUACGAAAUGACAGAGGAUGGUUUUAAAAAGAAAUUUCGUUCUUGUAGACCUGAAGUUGGGGAAACAUUUUCUCAGUUCACUGUUAGACUUGCUUCUUACUUGACUCGGUGGGUAGAAAUGUCCAAAAUUACUUGUUCAUUUGAGGCUCUUUUCGAUCUUAUGCUUAGAGAUCAAAUGUUACAUGUGUGUAAUUUUGAAUUGGCUGUAUUUCUGAAGCAGAAUGUUCCAAAGACAGUGGAUCAGAUGAGUAUGUUAGCUGAUCAGUUUAGGGAAGCUAGAAAUACUAGUGCUAUCAAUUUGUGUUCAAAGGCAGUGAACAAACCAGAGGUAAGUAAGGUACCAGAAAAACCCAAAGAUGCACGUCAGCAUCAGCAACAGAAGCCAAGGUUUGUUCCAAACAAUGAAAGAAAAUGUUUUGUGUGUAACAAAUAUGGUCACAUUGCAACCCAGUGCAGAUUUAAAAGUAAAAACUCAAGUGCAGCAGUGUGCAAGGACGAACGUGGGAAAGGUCAAACAAGUGAUAGUAAUGCAAAUCCAAGUAACUGCGCAGCGCUGAUUUACAGUCAAAACCCGUCUAUUUAUAGUCAGGUAAGUGACCAUACAACCGUUUUAACAUCAGCAUGUCAUUCUACAGCGAAACCAAUGCCUCUUUCAGCUGGUUACGUUGAAGGUCAUCCAGUUACUUUACUGAGAGAUUCAGGAUGUCGAAACAUUGUAGUGCGCAAGAGUUUGGUAAAAGAGGAAAACUUUACAGGUAGACAAGAAACGUGUGUUUUGGCAGACAACACAAGAAUAGUGGUCCCAGUGGCAAAGGUUGUCAUUGAUUCUCCAUAUGUAUCAGGUGAGUAUGAAUGUUGGUGUAUGGAAAAUCCUGUCUUUGAUCUGAUUAUAGGUGAAGUAGAGAAUGCGAGGAAACCUCAUGAUCCGGAUCCAGAAUGGAAACCUAACACUAUCACAGCGGUAGAAACAAGACAACAGGUAAAAGAAAAACAGAAAAAGUAUAAACCACUUAAAGUGCCAGAUAUUGUCAAAGAUGAAAUCAACACAGAUGACAUAUUGCGAGAACAGCAGUCAGAUCCGUCACUCGAAACAGCACGCAGAUAUGCACAGGAAGGUCGUACUUCACGUGAUGGUAAGGUCAAAUGGUUUGAAAAGAAUGGUCUUCUGUACAGGGAAUAUGUGUCAGCAGAAAAGGACGGUGGUAAGACCUAUUCUCAACUUAUAGUCCCAUCAAAGUUUCGUCAUAUUGUAAUGAAAUUAGCUCAUGAAUCGAUCAUGUCUGGUCAUUUAGCGAUAAGUAGAACCAUUUCUAGGAUUUUGUCAGAGUUCUUUUGGCCAGGAAUGCAGUCGGAGAUAAAACGAUUUUGUAGGUCCUGUGAUACAUGCCAAAGAACCGUGUCUAAGGGUACAGUAACAAAAGUUCCUUUAGGUAGAAUGCCUUUGAUAGACGUGCCUUUUAAAAGAGUUGCUGUAGACAUUGUAGGUCCACUGCACCCUCCAACUGAAAAAGGUAAUCGUUUUAUUUUGACUUUAGUUGAUUACGCCACAAGAUUUCCACAAGCGAAGGCGCUUCCAGGAAUAAACACAGAGCGGGUUGCUGAGGCCUUACUUGAGAUGUUCUCCUACACAGGUAUUCCAGAGGAAAUAUUAACAGACAUGGGAAGUCAAUUUACUUCCGGGCUCAUGAAAGAGGUGAGUAGACUCAUUUCGUUGAAACAGUUAACAACUACUCCGUAUCACCCUAUGUGCAACGGGUUAGUUGAACGUUUUAACGGCACUCUUAAGCAAAUGCUUAAACGUAUGUGUAUUGAUAGACCAAGAGACUGGGACAAAUAUCUACCCACUGUGCUUUUUGCCUAUCGUGAGGUGCCCCAGGAAAGUUUGGGCUUUGCUCCCUUUGAGUUGUUAUAUGGUCGUACGGUAAGAGGACCCAUGACGAUCCUGAAAGAACUAUGGACGAAAGAAAUUCCAGAUCAACAGGUAAAGUCUACCUACCUGUACAUUUUAGAUCUCCGCGAGCGAUUGGAGUCAACUUGGGAGUUGGCACAGGAGAAUCUUAAGAGGGCGUCACAAAGACACAAAGUGUACUUUGACAAGAAGGCUAGAGUACGAAAUAUGAAACCAGGUGAGAAAGUUUUGGUUUUGUUGCCUUCUGAUAGUAAUAAGCUCCUUAUGCAAUGGAAAGGCCCUUUUCAAAUUGUGAAAAAGAUAGGUAAAGUAGACUAUCAGUUAGACGUGAAGGGAAAAGUUAAGACCUAUCACGCAAACAUGUUAAAAAGAUAUGUAGAACGUUGUGAACCAGUUGUUCAAUGUGUUAUGUCAGUUGUAGAUUCAGAACAAAUUCAGUUUGAUGAAUCAGUUGGUGAGUAUGAUGAAGAAGCAGAGUUCGUACACGUACAGUCUCGAGAAUCCUACAAAGAUGUAGAUGUGAAUCCAGAUCUCAACAGAGAGGAGAGACAAACUCUUAUGGAUCUUUUAUACAGGUAUAGUGAUGUUUUAACAGAUGUACCAGGCCACACACAUGUGCUUGAACAUGAAAUCAGGACAACAACGGAUAAACCUGUGAGAGUAAGUCCGAGACAAAUCCCUUUUGCUAUGAUGGAAACGGUGAAAGAUGAGGUACGUAAAAUGUUAGAAAUCGGGGUAAUAGAAUAUUCGGAAAGCCCAUGUUCAUCCCCAAUAGUCCUUGUUGCAAAGAAGGACAACACAUAUCGGUUUUGCGUCGAUUUUAGAGCUCUGAAUCGCAUUACUGUGUUUGAUGCGGAGCCUAUGCCUGAUGUUGACGCAAUGUUUGCGAAAUUAUCAGGUCAUAAAUACUUCUCACGGUUAGAUUUGUCAAAGGGGUACUGGCAAGUGCCGUUGUCUGAUUCUGCCCGUCCAAUGACAGCUUUUCAGACUCCCCAAGGUCUUUUCCAGUUCACCAAAAUGCCGUUCGGGCUGGUCACAGCUCCGGCUACUUUUUGUCGUCUCAUGCGCGAGGUGCUCAACAACGUUUCUAAUGUUGAUAAUUUCAUAGAUGAUAUCUUGAUAUUUACUCAUACUUUUGAUCAACAUAUCUCUGUGCUUUCUCAGGUUUUACAGCGUCUCCGUUCAGCGAAUCUCACCGCCAGACCAAUGAAAUGUUCUUUGACUUAUCGGAAACUGGAGUGUUUGGGCCAUAUCAUAGGCGAUGACAAAGUACAUCCUCAUCCAGAUAAAGUGUCGGCUAUACAACAGGCGAACCAUCCUACGCGAUCUUUUCUAGGACUGUGUGACUGUAUCGCCGUUCAUGCCUUUGGCUACAAAAUGCAAGUAAAGCAGAAAACUGAUGCAUCCGACAGGGAUAUUGGAGCAGUACUUUUACAGGAAGAAGGUGAAUUCAAACUCCCUGUUGCCUAUGCCAGCCGCAAACUAAAACCAAGUGAAGAACACUACUCAACGAUAGAAAAGGAAUGUUUGGGUAUCAUUUGGUCAGUGCAAAAGUUUCACAGGUAUCUCUAUGGCAGAGAGUUUAUUUUAGAGACAGAUCACCAUCCGCUGGUAUAUUUGAAUAAGACGAAGCUCGUGAACUCCAGACUAAUGAGAUGGGCAUUGUCACUUCAGCCGUACCGAUUCCGCAUCAGGGCUAUCAGAGGGAAGGACAAUGUAGGAGCGGAUUAUUUAAGCAGACAGUAA